GCUGCGGCCCAGUGUUCCAGCGUUUUUUCCAGCGGAGAGAAAAGAGACUGACGAUUGAGCGGGUGGAGACUGCUACACAUUUAAAUCCCCCGGGUCGUUUUUUUCCAGGUUUAAGAAACAAAUAACUUGUCCUUUUUAUUUUCUUUCUACCGUAGGAUUGUUUUAGAGCUGGUUUAAUGUAGUAAAUGACAGGUCUGUAAGGGCGUCGUUGUCGGGAAGUUUUUUCGAGGGGGGUGUUUUUGACCAGCUAAGGGCCAUGGCAGUCGAGGCUCGGCCGGAGCUGGUCGGGAAGCGGUUCCUCUGUGUCAGCGGGGACGAGCCGCCUGAAAUCGGCGACAUCGGUCGGUGGCCGUGGAGGUCCGGGGUCAUACGCGCCGUCAGCCAUCGUGACACCGACAAUCCUGACCUGACGGUAUACGUAGAGUUUGACGACCAGGAGUGGGAGAAGAGAGAGUGGGUGAAGGUCUACGAGGAUUUCCAGCUGUUUCUACUGGAGCACCAGCUGGUCUGGGCCAAGAGGAAGGAAGGAGGAGGAGGAGGAGGAGGAGGAACAGGAGCAGGUGGAGGCACAGGAGGCCUGCUGCAGGGAACCAAGGCCAAACACAUACAGUGGCCUGCCCUGGCAUUCAAGCCACUGGUUUGGAAGAGCCUGUUGUCUUCAGUAACAGCAGUAGAGUUCCUGUUAGACCGACAGCUGGACUUCCUGUCUGACCACUCAGCCUACCAAGCAUACCAGGAUGAGGUGGACAGCCAGAGCCCAAUACUAAGAGAUAACCCUCAACUGCAUGAAGAAGUGAAGGGCUGGCUCAAAGACCAGAAGGUCCAAGAGAUUUUUAUGCAAGGUCCCUAUUCAUUGAAUGGCUACCGUGUGCGGGUGUACAGACAGGACUCGGCCACCCAGUGGUUCACUGGCAUCAUUACACACCACGACCUCUUCAGUCGAAACAUGGUCGUUAUGAAUGACCAGGUGCUAGAGCCUCAAAACGUGGACCCGUCCAUGGUCCAGAUGACGUUUCUGGACGACGUGGUUCACUCCCUGCUGAAAGGAGAAAACAUCGGCAUCACCUCCAGACGAAGGUCACGAUCAAGUCAGAACAACAACACUGCCCAUACGGCAGGAGGGAGACCCGGCGGGACCACUGGCAACACUCAGGGUCACUACACACGAGCCCAGGCCAACAGCCCCCGCCCCGUCAUGACCUCAUCAGGUCCCAACCCAAAAGGCUCCCAGGGAACUUCAGCCACCCAGCAGCAGAGCCAAUCCCAGCAGAGCCAGCAACCAGCAAGCCAAUCGCACCACUCGCCUGGAAGCGGCGUGCGGGAGCAAAGGGAGCAGCGCAGCUCUCGUUCCUCUAGAAGAAAAGGAUCAGACAGCAGUGUUCCGGAGGAAGACAAGGAGAGGAGGGAAGAGACCGCAGUGAGAGACUCCAAGUCAAAGGCCAAGCAGGCAGUGAACAAACGCAGGAAGGCCGAGGAGGAUGAGAAGAAGGCAGGUCUAAAGAGGCUUAAGACAGAUAUAACGUCUGACCUAUCAGAGAGCAGUGACUCGGAAAACACACACAACAAACGGACUGCACACUCCUCAUGCUCCUCCUCUUCCUCGUCCUCGUCCUCGUCCUCCUCUUCCUCAUCCUCUUCCUCCUCUUCGGAACCCAAUUCUGAGAAUGAGCUGAAAACUCGUGUCAGCGAGUUGAAGCCAGGCAGCACUUCAAAGAUGGAGGAAGACGAGAAGCCGAUGGCGCUGAUACAGGGUAGCAAACUGGAUGAUUCCUCGUCUGUCAUCGGUCGGAUGUCCCCGUGGGCGGAGCUUCAAGCAGCGGAUGAAAGCAAGAAGGGCAUCGUCAAGGAAACAGGCACUGCCAUAACAAAGGAGGAAGAGGAACUGGCAGCAGUAACACAGAUCACCCGGUCUCCACGGCAACAAGUGCCCCUGAUGACUGACUCCAGCCAAGGCUGCAUCAUGGAGAGCAGCAAGAACACUGUGAAGGGUACAAUUGCCUCGUCCCGAUCCCAGACGCCAUUGUCGUCCCACCUCCACAGCAGUGGUGUGAUCGACAUCACCGAGGACGCUCAGGCCACGGUGCAUCGGGAGAGCUCAGAGGCUGUUUCGGCACUGCUGGCUUCCCAGAAGGCGGAGUCCACAGCCUUGUCACCCUACCUCCCCCUCAACCCCUCCCCCGUCUCCUCGCCUCCCGUCCCGCCCUCUCCUUCGCCGUCAGAGGGGGGUCGCAGGACAGAUAUUGAACCUACCAUGCAGCAGCAGCAGCAGCAGCAGCAGGGCAUCAUGGGAGGUGGCAUGACGGCGGCCAGGAGCCUCAGUAACAAAAUAGAAUUUGCCCACUCUGAGGUCAUCAGGCCUGUGACAUCGGUGUCUGAAAAUGCAGUAUUAGUGGAGAAAGAAAAAACUGCCCCUCAUCAUCAUCACCUUCAUCAUCAUCAACAGCCACAUCAUCAACCACACACACAACAGCUACAACAGCAACAACAACACUACACAUCCAUCCUGCCCUGCAUCAAGAGCCCACCUUCGUCAGAAGACAUGAGAAAACAACAGCAACAACAAGCGCCCCUCCACAAGAUGAACACAAACGCUCCUCCAGAACUGUCCAAACCCAAAAUAAGCCCCAGCCCAAUCCCAGCUCAGCUCGACUCCCCCAAACACAAACCCCAGCAUGCCCACAACCCUCAGAGCCACCCGUACCCCAACACAAACCCAGUUGAUCUCCUGAAGGCUAAGCCCCACCCGGGCCUGCUGGAUGUCUCUAAACCGAAACCCAACACUUCUCCGGAGGUUUCUAAACAUAAAAUACCAAGGUACUCGGAUACCUCUCCUCCUCCUCCGGCAGGGCGUUUGACCACCAAAGUGGAAACAACAGAAGCCCCCCGGUCUGGUUUCAAGCCAGUCCCAGCCCGGUCGGAGUCCGGCAGCGGCGGUUCAGCCGGCAGCAGCACCAAGAGCCCGCUCAUCAUCGAUAAGAACGAAACCUUCACUGUCUACCGGGACCCAGCGCUGGUCCGAUCUGAUGCCGAAAACUCCGUCGCCUGCGCUGCAACAGUCUCCUCCAAUCAUGUGGCCGCAUACCUCCACCCCCACCUGCACCCCCUCCAUUCCCCCUCCCCCCAUGCCCCCUGUCUCACCCCGUCCUCCCAUCCCCAUGCAGCCUCGCACCUCCUUGCCCCCCCUCCCACCUCUGCCCUUCCUCACUCGCACCUUUUGUCCCACGGGGUGCUCCCAGCCAUGCCACCCCCUCCCACAGCAUCUCUCCUGGGCGGUCACCCGCGGCUGGACUCUCCUGGCGGGCUGGGUCACCUCGCCCUCGCUCACCCAGCAGCCGCGCACCAGCAGCAGUUCCUGCAGGGCCAGGGCCCCCCUCCACCUCCUCUGCUAGCACAGGCCCACAGUGGGGCAGCAGGGCUGGGCCUGUAUCCUAUCCUGUGGCAGUACCCGAACGGUACGCCCACCUCCUACCCCCCAGGGCUCAACCUGCCUCCCACUGCCAAGUGGGUUCACCCCGAAAACCCUGCCACCGUUAACUCAGAGGCCUCGCUCAGGAGGAACACAGCUAGUCCAUGGCUGCAUCAGACUGCUGGUGGCUCUGGUGACAGUCUGGGUUUGCUGAGCCACGUUCCUGUCCGUCCGGCCAGUGCUGAUGCCCACCGUCCUCCCGUCAAGAUCAACACACACACCAGCCCACCGCUGUCCAAGACCAGCAUGGAGCUUCACAAAGACGAUGUGGAUAAGAAAGGCUUUGUGGACCCAAUCAGGACAUUGACAUUGGCCCAGCUCAAGCAGGAGCAGACAGACAGGAGUCGGACCCCCACGGGGAAAGAUGCCCACCUCCACCGCCUCUACCUAGAUGCCCACAGCAAGGCACGCCUAACACAGACACAGGAUGCUGUGCAGGCAGCGGACCGAGCCAGUAAAUACAAAGAAGAGAACCGGCGAAUCCUUCAAGAGAGCAUCGAGGUCGCUCCAUUCACUGCUAAGAUCCAGCGCUCCAACGACCCAGGGAUGGACAGAGACAGAGAGCGAGACCGAGAGCCCACCUUCCCUGCACGCAUUCCCUCUCUCGCAGCCCCCAGCCCCAAGGCCAGCCAUGCCCACCCCCAUGUCAUCCAAUCAGACAAGAGCAACUACUUCACCACACUGUCCAACAGUGUAGUGAAUGAGCCUCCAAGACUUUACCCCUCCAAGGAACUCAAUUCAUAUUAUGAGAAAAUAUCUGCUGGGACUCCAGGAAUUGUAGCCAGUGCUGGAGCUGCCUUGCCCAGCCAGGGAGCUCUGUCUCUGAGCAACUACAGCUCCAAAGCCUCCCUGUCCAAGCCUCCUCCACUCAUUAAGCACCAGCCUGAAGGAGGGGAGGGUUUAGCAGGAAAAAUCACUGAGCAACUCAGCCAGCAGGUGGCCCUAGUGCAACAGCAACAUCAGCAUCAUGCAGGAAUAGAUAGGAUAGAUCGCCACAGCCCCGCCAUUUCUCCUUCCUCCUCCUCAACAUCUGUCUCUUCUUCAACUCCCAACCACCACCAUCACCACCACCACCACCACCAUCAUCAUCAGCAGCAGCAGCAGCAGCAGCUCAGGGGAAUGCCAUCUCUUCACCGAGCGCCUGUCUUCCACCCACCCACCCAGCAUGCGCUGGAGCGCAAAGAAGCCGCUGAGCGAGAACGGGAGCGGGAGAAAGAACGAGAGAGAGAAAGGGAAAGGGCAGGCUAUGGUGGUCGUCUGUCCCCUCCGACCCUCACGCCGAUCCAGCCAGUGAGCUUAGCAGCAACUGGUAGCAAAACAUCAGUGGAGCAGCAGAAGCCCCCCACACUGCUACCAGAGCUCAGGGAGGUCAAAGGUCAUGGAAUCACAGCUGCUUCCACCUCUGUUGCUCUGGCUGCUGGUGGUGAGAUAAUGACAUCAUCAGCAGAAGGAUGGCGGGGUGGGGAAAUGAUUCAAGAAAGAGGAGGAUGGUUCCCUGGAGAAAAAGUAGGAGGGAUACGGGGCAAGCCCCAAGCAGCUGUGGCCUCUGUCAUUGUGCGUCCAUCAACGUGCAUCAAAUAUGAAAGUGGGUUGCCUGUCGGUGCUAAUAAACCUGGUGCUAUGGUCCAGAAAGAGCUCCCCCAGGGGAGGCUUUACUCCUCUAAACCCCAGGGAGAGUGCCCAAGACUGGGAGAGAGUGUUAAAGAACUUGCAUGUAGCCCUGGAGCUGGCAGGAUUAUCCAACCUAACACUAAUUUGGAUGACGGAGGUGUCCAAUACAAAAAGACUUUUAUGCGCAGCAUGCAGGGAACAAUAGGAGCCAGUAACACAAACUCACUGUGCAGGACUGAGAUUUCAGCCUCACCAGGUUUUGGUGUACUAAGUAGAAGUGGGAUAGCCCCCACUGAUUUAGGCCUCUCAAUUUCAGCUCGGGGUGAGUCUACACCCCAUAAAACUGGAACUUGUGGACGUGUGUUGAGCCAUUCAGGACCAGGAGAGCACCAGGAAGUGUUAGGGCCAUGUACCACAUCUCCAAGUGGAUCUUUGCUUUCCCAAAGUCCAGCAGGGACUCCCCACCCCAGCCCAAGCAUCACCCCAACACCCAGUUCUAGCUCUGGCUCAAGCCAAGCUUAUUCCCCCUCUUUCGUUCACCUGAAAAAGCACAAAGCCGCCUUGGCUGCGGCUCAAUCCAGAAGCAGCUCCUCCAAUGCUCCCACUUCUGCCAUAACUGUAAAUUCAUCUCUAACCUCUGAUUUAGCUGACAAAGCCCCCAUUCAGAGUUCUCCCCCUCCACCCUCCUCUAGUCAAGCGUCCUCAUCUUCCUUUGACAGCAGCAGCAGCAGUUCAGCAAGCGGUAGCACCACGCCAGGCAAGUCCAGCCCUUUGCCCAAUGGCCAGUCCUCUGGAGCUGCCUCAAUGGGCAGCGGGCAACCCAGUAACUAUCACAAGCUAAAGAAAGCCUGGUUGACCAGGCACUCAGAGGAGGACAGGAACACAGCUACUACUGUCCCUACUACUAGUACUAAACCUGAAAAGCUGCCUGCUACUGCCACUAGCACAAGUAAUACAGGAAGUAAUACCACGGUCAUAUCGGAAAUGAUCAAGCCAUGUUCUGUCAAUCUCAUUGCCUCCACAUCCAGUGAUGUGGAAAUGAGCAAGGAGAGCGGAAACAAAGGUGUUGAGAGAGAAAAGCAGCCAGAGGAGAAGACAGCCGGAACAGCAGGUGGGGGAGGGGAGGAGAAGAAAGUGGCUACUCCAUCGAGGCGAGGGAACAAACGGACCUACGAGUCAGGUUCGGAGAGUGGAGGGGACGACUCAGAUGCUAGUGAGAGCAAAAUGGAGGGACGUGCCAAGCGUCAGCCCAAACCAACCUACAAGAAAAAACAGAACGACAUGGCUAAGAAGAAAGGAGACAAUGAAAAAGAGGAAGAAGAAGUGAAGCCCAAUGGCAUCUUUAGAUCGGCCCGGGAGAAGACCAAACUGAAACUGGCCAGCAGUAAUGGUAUCCCCCGCUCAGUCCUGAAAGACUGGAGGAAAGUGAAGAAGCUGAAGCAGACAGGGGAGUCCUUCCUGCAGGACGACUCGUGUUCUGAAAUUGGACCCAAUCUGCAGAAAUGCAGGGAAUGCAGGGUGGUUCGAAGUAAGAAGGGCGAGGAGCCGGCCCAUUCUCCUGUCUUCUGCCGCUUCUACUAUUUCAGACGGCUUUCCUAUAGUAAAAAUGGGGUGAUUCGGAUGGAUGGCUUCUCCACUCCAGACCAGUUUGAUGAUGAGGCCCUGGCCCUGUGGGUCCCUGGGGCUUUGGAGGAGAGCCAACUGGACCAAACCACAGCCAAGUACAUUCUUAGCUUCAUCGGGGACAAAUUCUGUCAGAUGGUCCUCACUGAGAACACCGCAGCCUCGUGGGUCAAGAAGGAUGCCAAGCUGGCAUGGAAGCGAGCAGUGAGGGGCGUGAGAGAGAUGUGUGAUGCCUGUGAGGCAACACUCUUCAACAUCCACUGGGUCUGUCAGAAAUGUGGCUUUGUCGUCUGUCUGGACUGCUACAAGGCCAAGGAAAGGAAGAGCUCCAAAGAUAAAGAGCUCUAUGGCUGGCUGAAGUGUGUGAAAGGCCAACCCCAUGAUCACAAACACCUGAUGCCAACACAGAUCAUACCUGGCACCGUGCUGACAGAGCUGGUGAGCUCCAUGCACUCCUUGAGAGAAAAAUACAGCAUCAAGUCCCACUGUCCCUGCGCCAGCAAACAGAACCUCCUCACCAAACUGCCAUCCACUAAUGGAGUCUCACAGGUUCUGCAGAAUGUCCUGAACCACAGCAACAAACUCUCCUUGGUCAAAGCUGAGCCGGGCUCCCAGCAGCAGAACUCAGACCAAGGAGGAACCAAAGUAGAGACCAAUGGAGGCGGGGGUGGAGGUGGUGGAGGGAGCAGUCCAGGGAGUGAUGCAGGGAGCGCCCCGGUCACUCCACCGGAGUCUCAGUCACCUCUGCAUUUCCUGGCAGACCUGGCAGAGCAGAAGUCCCGAGAGGAAAAGAAAGAAAACAAGGAGUCGGUGUUAAGCAAAUCGGUGAAGGAGGAGAAGGAAGGGGACAGCCUGGAGGUCCUCCAGCAGUGUAAGACUUCUUCGUUGGUGGCGAACAGUACAGAACAGGGCUCAACGUUGCGAGAUCUGCUGACAACCACAGCAGGAAAGCUGAGGCUGGGGUCUACUGAUGCAGGAAUCGCCUUUGCACCAGUCUACUCCACCGCUUCGCAGACUGGUAAGGGUGGGCGGACAAUGCCCAAUAUACUCGAUGACAUCAUCGCCUCAGUCGUCGAAAACAAAAUCCCCGCCAGUCGCCAGAACACCACCACCAAGCUGUCAAUCAAGCACGAGCCCGUCACUCCUGGAAACAACAACCCAACUUCUGCUGUUGCCGUGGACACCAAACCAGACAGGAAGAAGACGGCCGCGGUUACAGCAGCAGUGCCGGAAGAAUCAACCAAUCAGCAUCCAGAUAUCCCACACUGCUGGUUGUACAACAGACGGUUACUGUGGCUGAAAGAUCACCGCAACCAGAACAACUGGAAGCUGUUCAGAGAGUGCUGGAGACAGGGACAGCCUGUGUUGGUUUCAGGGGUCCAUAAGCGUUUGAACCCCAGUCUAUGGAAAGCCGACUCCUUCAACCAGGAGUUUGCAGACCACCAAGGAGACCUCCUUAACUGUAAAGACCAGGUUGUCUCCAACUCUGGGAUCAAGGAAUUCUGGGAUGGAUUUGAAGACAUCACCAAGCGGCCCAAGUCAAAAGAUGGAGAGCCCAUGGUUUACAGGCUGAAGGACUGGCCCUCUGGAGAGGAGUUCAUGGCCCUGAUGCCCUCCAGAUAUGAUGACUUGAUGAGGAAUCUGCCCCUGCCAGAGUACUCAGAUCCAGAGGGGAACCUCAACCUGGCCUCCCACCUGCCCUCUUUCUUUGUCAGGCCAGACCUGGGACCAAGACUGUGCUGUGCCUACGGUGUGGCAGCAUCUCAGGACCAGGACUUUGGGACUGCCAACCUUCAUGUGGAGGUCUCAGACAUCGUCUCUGUUCUGGUCUAUGUUGGAGUUGCAAAAGGCAACGGAGUCCUAUCCAAAACUGGAGUGCUGAAGCGUCUUGAGGAGGAGGAUCUGGAUGAGGGCGUACGGAGGAGGCUGAAGGACUCCAGCGAGACCCCGGGGGCGCUGUGGCACAUCUACCUCAACAGAGACCUGGACAAGGUCCGGGAGUUCCUGCACAAGCUGUGUAAGGAGCAGGGAUUGGAUAUAUCGCUGGAGCAGGACCCAAUCAGGGAGCAGGGCUGGUACCUGAGCAGAAAGCAGCGGCAGCGCUUGCUGGAGGAGCACGGAGUUCAAGGCUGGACUGUGGUUCAAUUUCUAGGAGACUCUGUCCUUAUACCAGCUGGGGCCAUGCACCAGGUCCAGAACCUCCACAGCUGUGUGCAGGUCAUCAACGACUUUGUGUCUCCUGAACAUGUAGUCAACUCCUUCCACCUGACCCAGGAGCUCAGGUCCACAAAAGAAGAGGUCAACUAUGAGGAUAAACUACAGGUGAAGAACAUCUUGUACCACUGUGUGAAGGAGGUGGUGACCUCCCUGAAGAGGAGCAGUGCUGAAGAAGAGGAGGAGGAGGAGAACUCAUGACACUCCAUUCACGUCCUCCUCUUCCUCCUCCUCCUCCAAACCCUCCGGAGAGGUCGUCGCCAAAGGAACAAGGUCACGUCCGAGCGAGGGCUGAGACUCCCGCCCGGCCCGCACGUCACGUGACCCGCCACAUGAAAGACUGUGUCCUGCCAGCAGAGGGGGGGCAGAGGCGUCCCGCGUCAGGACACAGGUGUUCAUGUGACCCAGAGGGCCUCCCCGUGCCGCCUGGGAAGGUCCCAAUGGGCAGAGACACACUAAUCUUCAUCACCAUCACCAUCACCCCUAACCUUCAGUGCCAAGUGGACUAGUAACACAGAAUCUCCCAGGCCUCCUGCACAGACAGGGAUCAGGCGUUAAUUCAUGUUUUUUCUCGUGGCUGCGGUGGAGAGAGCCUGGAUCUGUGGCUUUGGGCCUCUCGAGCAGCCAGCCUGCAGCUUCCUGGUGUGGACAGAAGCUCUGUGAGCCGCCUGCGCUCUGCACUCCAACCCACCACCAGACACUGACACUACCACAGAGCUUUUCAGACGCUUUCCUGUCCUCGACUCCCAAGUCGACUCGCGGUUAGUGACGGACCCCCAUGUCAAAUCAUUUUACCCACAGGGAGCCUGAUCCCCACGUAGGUUUUUUUUUUUUUUUUUUUGCAAGCAUUUAAACAAAUCAGACACUGAUGGAGCAUCACUGAUCUGGCCAUUAAAUAGAUCAUUUUCAUAACUAGACAUAUAGUUUUGCUGUAAUUGUUUUUUUUUUUCCAAUUCUCUGUUAAUUUUUUUGUUUAUUUUUGGGCAAAGGCAAUGAGUAAAUGAGAAAGUAAAGCCUUUUUUUUUUUUUUUUUAAGAAAAUUACUAGAAAAAUUAGUAAAACCUUACUGCAAAAUUAGCAAUACAACUAAAUUAUAAGAAAAGAAUGACAAGAAUACAAUUACAAUUGCAUUUUUUUUUCAUAAUUAUUAUAAAUAUAUAUUUUAAAUGAAAUGAUAAGAAAAUGCUAUUAAAAUGUCAGAUCAGUGAUGGUGUAUCAGGUUUCUUUUGUGUUUAAAAGCUUGUGAGAGGCGUCUGAACGCAUUUCCACUAUUCCUCAUUUUUUCUGAGGAGCCCAGAUGAGCCUCAGUUUGAAAAGCACCAGACUGGACGGAGCGGGACAGGGAGAGAGCGGGACAGGGAGGGUGUCCCGUGAGUGGCGGGGCGUGGGCUGGAUGACUGGAACGUGCAGCUGAAUCCCUGUGCCGGCCGCCCCAACACACGUCUUGGAUUCAAGAGUUUUUGCUGAUCAUCGCAGCAUCACCAGCAGCAAGCAGCAUCAGGAUAAUAACUGUGAUUUAUACUAAUCUAAAAAAAAUAAUGAAAAAAAAAAACAUUUUUGGGGGGAGGGAGGGAAACCAAUGCGAAACAGAAAAAAAUCUCAGAUUUUUAAGUCUGCAGGCAAAAUGCACUGCUGUUCCUUAGUUUGUCAUUUGUUCCAGUAAUUUGUCUGUCCUUUUAUUUUUUCUAGUUCUAUCUGUACUGUUUUAUCUGCGGUUUUUGCUCUUAAUUUUCAUACUGAACAUUGUUUUUUCCUCUGUGAAGAUGUAUUUAUUUUUUAGUUCUAUAAUAAUGCAAUGUUAUUGAGAAAAAAAAAGCAUUAAUGUAAAUGUGACUUGUACAGGUUUUUGCUAUGUGGUUUCAGUUGUAAUACGGCUCUACUGUGAUGGAGGACACACACUCACAUACACACACGCGCACACACACGCACACACCAGCUAAUGCCUGUAACUUUGGGAAUUGUUGCUGAGCUCUACAGUCCUCAUGCCAUAAUUUUUUUUUUUUUUUUUUUUGAAAAUUAACUGCCAAACUAUUGUAAAGACAUUGUAAAGUUGUAUUAUGUA